GUGUGGCCGCUGUGCUGGAUGACAGCUAUCCGGCGCCGACAGACACUCAUCAGACGAAAGAGCCAUGGCGGCCACGGGUGGAGGGAAAAUUAGAAGCAGGAGAUACCACAUCGCCUCUAAACCUUACGCCAAGAGUAAACAGCAGCAGUCAGGCCUCAUCAGUCGAGUGACAGACACAGUAAAGAGCAUCGUUCCUUCCUGGCUGCAGAAGUACUUCAAGAACGGAGAUGCUCCUGAAGGAGGAGAGCCAUCACAGAGGACAGACCAGAACUGCCAGACACCUCCUCCUCCUAAUGGCAGUGAAGAAGGGCCUCCUCCUCUUGAUGGACGUGACUCCCCAGAACCAAGCACCAGUAACACAGAACCCUCAACCAGCCGUGCAUCACUGAACUUUCAGGAUUAUGUGCUCUUGCGACCUCCUCUGAGUCGCUCCCACCUCCACUUUACCCCGCUGGAUGUGUCAUCUCCGACCCUGGGGACCUCCAGCAACCUCUUCUCCCAGCCCUCCACCUCCUCAGCCCCUGGACCUUUUUCCACAGGCUUCUCCUUGGUCAAAGAAAUCAAGGAUAACCUCUCACAGCAUGAAGAUGAUAACAUUUCCACCACAAGUGGAUUUUCCUCCCGUGCAUCUGACAAGGAUGUCCCCACUUCCAAAACGGCAUCACUUCCUCAGCUUUGGUCCCCUGAGACGGACAGAACAAAUUCUGGGCCUCAGCCUUCCCAGUCCAGUCUUAAAAAGCCUGCGUUCAACCUGUCUGUCUUUGGAACCUCCUCCAAUUCGACAUUAAACAGCACAGUGAUGAACUCCAGCCAGCUUGGAGAUUCACCUUUCUACCCCGGGAAGACGACAUACGGUGGGGCAGCCGCAGUCAAAAGUGCCCGCACUCGCCCUGGAACACCAUACCAGGCCCCAGUGAGGAGACAGAUUAAGGCCAAGCCUGCUGGUGCUUCGCCAUGUGGAGUGACCAGCGCCACAGCCAGACGCAUCCUGCAGUCCUUGGAGCGUAUGUCGAGCCCACUGGCUGAUGCCAAGAGAAUCCCAGCAGCAGAUUCAGCAGCCAUGUCAAGAUCAAUGGACAGCAUAAAUCCAGAUGUUUCACAUCUCCAGUCAAAAAAGAAACGGAUGGACUCAAACCUCCCACCAGUGCAGAAACUUGUGGUACCUUCUUCACCAUCUGUGUCAGGAAACCGCUCCGUGUCCUUCAGGCCAACUUUAACCCCUGGAGGACUGAGCCGAACUCUUGACAGGAACACAAGAGAGACGCCCACAAGACAAUCACCACAACUACCUGAAGCAAUCGCGGGUCCAUCUCACAGCACAAUGGGUUCUAGCGGCCCAUCCUAUCCACUGUCCAGCACACCUGCAGCCAGCGGUGUGAGCUCCGGAGGGGGCAAGAUGAAGCGAGAUAGGACCAGUACACGCCCCCCGUCCAAACGACUGGACGACGAUGAGGUGGCCGAAGUACCGGACCUCCCGACCAUUUCACUUCCCAUCAGCACAUCUGCCUUGCCCACCUUCAGCUUCUCCUCUCCCCUACCACCUCUCACCACUUCCUCCUCUACCAGCUCCUCCCCCAAGACCCUUGCGGUCACCCCCGCUAAGGAAACACUCACAAAUAAGGAUCCACCAAAGGCAUCAACGCCCCCCUGUGUACCUUUUACAUUUUCCUCCCCUAUUGUCAAGGCCACUGCUGCUAGCCCACCUUCCUUUUCUCCUUCUGCUGGAUUUACUUUCAGUGCACCUGUAGCAAAGUUGGGUCCCUCCAUGUCAAAUGGAAAACUGACCACACCCAUAGCAGCAGCAGUGAAGCCAGCAACGAGCAAAAGCACCGAAGAUUUUGAAGGACCUUUCAAACCAGCCAAAACUCUAAAGCAGGGGAGCGUGCUGGAUCUCCUCAAAGCUCCUGGCUUUGCUUCUCCAGUUGCUCAGAUUUCCCCAAGCACCAAAGCUGCUGUCCAGCAGACGUCCACGCAAGCCACCGCUCCCUCCUCCAGUUCUACAACCUCCUUCCUGUCUUCUUCUUCAGAGUUUGGCGGUUUCUCACAAGCCUCCACAGGCUGGAGCUGUGACGUCUGUUUGGUUAAUAACAAGCAAUCAGACACAAAGUGUGUUUGCUGUGCGGCUCCGCAGCCCAAAUCCAUGGACAGUAAACAAUCAUCCGGCACCUCUGUUGGAAUGGAGAGCAGCAGCUCAAACACCACCUCCACCACUACAACCACAGGUUUCGACACCAUAUUUUCCAAACCUGCUGGUACCUGGGACUGUGAUACGUGUCUCGUUAUAAACAAACCGGAUGCAGUAAAGUGUGUGGCCUGUGAAACGGCUAAACCCGGGACAGGGCUCAAACCCUCGCUGACUCUGCCCUCUGCCUUCUCAGCCGUUAAGACUGUAUCUUCCCCCACAGCCCCUGUUUCUACAGGGUUCAGUGGAUUUGGAGACAAAUUCAAAAAACCUGAGGAUUCAUGGGAGUGUGAUACAUGUAUGGUAGUGAACAAGGCAGAAGACUCUAAGUGUGUGGCCUGUACGAGUGCUAAACCAGGAUCUUCAGCAGAAACCUCUUCGUCAGCCACCAGUGCACCAGUGUUUGGAUUGGGAGACAAGUUCAAGAAGCCAGAAGGAACCUGGGACUGUGACGUCUGUCUUCUUCAGAAUAAGGCUGCUGAUGUGCAGUGUGUUGCCUGUCAGGCUGCCAAACCUGGAGCUAGCGUGGAGCCCAAGGCCUUUGGUUCUUUCGGUUCUUCUGCUGGCGGGACUUCAGGAUCCUCUACUUUUGGCUCUUCUACCUCUACUCCUGGAGGUUUUAAGUUCGGCACAUCAGACAGUACUGCAGCAUCUGGCUCUGGAGGUUUCAAGUUUGGGACCUCGUCUUCGGAGUCAUCUUCUUCUUCGUCAUCAGGUGGAUUCAAAUUUGGACUCCCAUUUGGAAGCUCCUCAUCAGAAACUACUUCUAAAGACACUACUGCUUCAUCAGGUUUCAAAUUCGGCAGUUUUGGAGGUGCCUCCAGUGAUGACAAGAAGUCAGACCAGCCCGCAGCUGGUGCUGGAUUUAAGUUUGGGGUCGGCGGGGGGAUAGUGUUUGGUACUGCCUCAUCUACCGCAGAUAGCAGCUCCUCUAAAGGAGGCUUCACCUUCGGACUGUCAAAACCUGAAGAGAAAACAUCAGACACCACCACAACCUCCUCAGCAUCCAUUACUUUCACUCCUCCCUCUUCCUCCGAAGAAAAGAGUGACACAGCGACGUCAUCAAACGACACCACGUCAACAAACACCAACGCAACCACCACAACAACUACCGCAACUGGGUCUGUGUUUUCAAGACUAGGGGAGCGACCACCAGCGACACAAGGGGGCUCUACCUUUGGAUCCUUGCAGGCGGGCACGGAGCCAGCUGUUCCCACAUUUGCGUUUGGAAAGCCAGAGGAGAAGAAGGAAGCGGCCGCCCCCUCGGCUCAGCCGACCUUCCUCUUCGGGGCUGCUAGCAAGGAUGCAGAUUCUGCUCCCGCCAGCACAGGAGGCUUCUCCUUCGGCAAACCCAGUGCUCCAACAGAACAACCUCCACCACCACCGUACACGUUCGGCAAACCAGCCGAGAAGAGUGAAACGUCUACUUCAGAGGCUCCAAAGCCCUCCUUUACUUUUGGACAAAGUGUUGCAGAUUCUACUGCUGCUCCAAAGCCAGCGUUUUCUUUUAUGGCUGGAAAUCCCUCCAACUCCAACACUUCAUCUUCCUCCACCUCGACUCCCAGUCUGUUUGGCACCACCAGCAGCAUCAGCAGCACCUCCACCACCACCACUACACCGGCACCUGCUCCCUCUGCGGCUCCCAGCACGUUCAUGUUCGGGCAGCCUGCUGCAACCUCUAGCGACGCUCCAGCUAAGGCCUUUGUCUUCGGUCAGAGUCAGGACAACCAGCCACCGGCCCCGUCUGCUGCUCCUCUCAACUCUACUUCAGCUCCUUCUCCAGCUCAGCCCUUCAUCUUUGGUGCUCCUGUCAAUGCUGCUCCUGCGCCUGCUCCUGCUGCUGCCCCUGCCUUUGGCUUUGGAGCUGCAGCGCCCUCUGCUGCCUCUUCAUCAGCAGCUCCAUCUACAGCGCCUUCUCCGUUUGUAUUCAGCCCGGCCCCCUCUGGUGCCUUCGGGGCCAACCAGACUCCUUCAUUCGGUGGAUCUUUUGGAUCCCCGUUCAUAGCCACACCUUCCCAGACCCCUGCUUUUGGGGCCAAACCCAACGCUGCCCCAGUCUUUGGACAGCAGCCCAACUCCACACCUGUAUUUGGCGCUGCUGCUAAUUCUGCACCAGGUGGAGGCUUUCAGUUCGGAGGAGCCAGUGCUUUUGGAGCCACGAACAACGCCUCAGGUGUGUUUACUUUUGGAGCCGGAUCAGCACCCUCCCCUGCCCCGUCUGCCAACCCCUCCAUCGCACCCCAGCAGGGAACUCCAGGAGGAGGAUUCAACUUCACGCAGCCUCUGGCUUUCAACAUUGGGUCGACUAAACCCUUCACUGCCUCUCCAGCUGGACCGCAAGCAAUUGCCGGGCGCAAGAUCAAGACAGCGGUGCGGCGCAGAAAGUAGAACCCUGCAGCCUCGGCAGGACAGUAGACUUUGACUUUGACUUGACUGUGUCCCCACUGAAGGCCGAAUAAAGUCCUGGAAGGUCUCAACUGGACAAACACUGAAAACUGCUUGGCAUAUAAGGGCCGAAGCUCGGGUUGGAUGGGUGGGUGGGUGGGGUGGGGUGGGGGGGGUUGUUAGCUGUAGGCUCAGCUGAUUAUUGGACAUCUUCACACGUAGACCAGAGCUGUUGGUAAUUCAGGCCACACCACAAGACUCCACAUUAGAAAAGAAUGAACAACGACACUGACUUUAAAGAUACCACAAUCAAACAAAGACCCCACGCUCGACACGAAAAAAAUAAACGAAAAAAAAAAACAAAAAACAAGCAAGACGGUCAUAUCUAUAUUUUCGACACCGGCAAAUGUCUGCUAGACUUUAGGCAUGACUU